UGAAGUAUUGAAGUUGUACGUGCGUUCACCAUUCCGUUCAGUUUUUGCGAGUUUUAAAAAACUAUAUACAAAUAAAAAUAUUUAAGGAGGAAAAUCUGUAAAUCAAGAAAUUAAACGACAUGUCACGGUUUCGAAACCUGAUCCUGCCAUCGGCAAUGCUGCUGCUGCUGGCCAUGCAAGGUGCCGUUGAUGCCAGCUACAGUACGAACAUGUUCCUCAAUGGCCAAUACCAGAAUGAGAUCAAAGAGCAGCCCGAAACGCAUUUCUCGGUAAAUCCGGCAUCGAAUGUGUUCCUGCAUCAUGCGGUGAUCAGUCGACAGGCAUCGCCAUUCCAGGCGCCAACAUAUCUGCCGCCGCUGGAGCAGCUCAAGUGCGGCAACGGGCAGCAGUGUGUGCGCCAGGAUCAGUGCAUCAAUGGCUACUACAGUCAGCAGCUGCCAAAGAUUCAGAGCUGCAAUCCCGAAUCGAACAUUUGCUGCACCUAUCGACCAGCGCCAACGACGACAACAACUAGGAGAACUACAACAACAACCACACCUGUACCAUUUGCCACCUGUCCACGUGACUCCGAUUGUGUGGCGCCGCAAGAUUGUCGCAAUGGCGAAAUCAGUGCCAUCAACUAUGUUAAAAAACAGGGGUCGAAUCGUUGUUAUGCACCGGAGAUUUGUUGCCGUAUGCCAUCGACAACGCUGACCGAGGAUGGUUAUAUCUUCAAUCUGCCCGACAAGACCUUCCCGCUGCCCACCAAUCCCACAGUGCCCGCCGUGCGCACCACCCAGCCCGCCUAUCGUCCACAGCCGACGACAGGACCAGCACCACGUCCCACCAAUGAAUAUCUGCCACCAACAACCACACGUCGUCCCGUGGUUGACUAUUUGCCUCCACAAACCACACGUCGGCCCAGUUACCAACCGCAGCCUACGCAGACGCGCGGCACCUCCCCUCCACGCCCACAGACGACGCAACCACCGUACCGUCCACAGCCCACACAGCCGGCACCCACUCAGCCCGCCUACCGUCCACAGCCCACGCAACCCGCCUACCGUCCACAGCCCACGCAGCCCACACGUCGCCCCACCAACGAAUAUCUGCCUCCUGUGUCCUCCAACGAGAUUCCCCAUCGUGAACCACGUCCCACACAGCCACCACGCUAUGAGCCCGACCGUGUGCCACAGCCAUCCAACGAGAAGCCCGUCUACCGUGGCGAGGAUCAGCUCUCCCCUCAGAUCUUCCCCACACCCCAAGUCGCCGAACUGCCCAAGCAUUUCGCCAAGUGCGCCUCCGCCCUUGUCUGCACCCCUGAGAACUAUUGCAAUGCCAUUGGCGUGCUGAGCGAGACGCCUCUCCAGCUGAGUCCCAUGGAGGCUGCCUUCCGUGUGCCCCUCACCGAUUGCCUGCUGCCCGAGAGCGGUGCUCCUGGCAAGUGUUGUCGCGAUCCCAACUACGUUGAUCCCUGGCCCGUCAAUCUCGCCGGAGUCUGCGCCACACGCAACAAGCGCACCAAGCCCACGGGUGUGAAGGAUAUUGAUGCCAACUUUGCUGAGAUCCCAUGGCAGGCAAUGGUCCUGCGCGAGUCGAGCAAGUCCCUGCUCUGCGGUGGUGCCAUCAUUGGUGAUGAGUUUGUUCUCACCUCAGCUAGCUGUGUCCAAGGCGUGCCCGUUAAUGAUGUGCGCAUCAAGGCCGGAGAAUGGGAGCUGGGCAGCACCAACGAGCCUUUGCCCUUCCAGCUGGCCGGAGCCAAGAGCAUCGAUGUGCAUCCCUCAUACAAUCCAUCAAGCAACUCCAAUGACAUGGCCAUCAUUCGCUUGGAUAAACGUUUCGAGUUCGCCACUCACAUUCAGCCCAUCUGCAUCAGCGAUGAGGAUCCUGGUGCAUCCGAGCACUGUGUGACCACCGGUUGGGGCAAGCAGGCGUUGUCAAUUCAUGAGGAAGGCGCCGUUAUGCAUGUGACAGACACCUCGACGCAGGCGCGCAGCGAUUGUGGUGCUGAUGGCACCGGAGUCUGCAGUGCCACCAAAUUCGAUGCCUGUGAAUUCGAUGUGGGCAGCGCGCUCGCUUGCGGCACAGGAUCCAGUGUCAAGCUAAAGGGUAUCUACAGUGCCGAGUCCAAUUGCGGCGAGAAUCAAUCUGUGCGCUUCUCAAAGCCCGACAUCAAAUGGAUUAACCAGGCGUUUGCUGAUCGCAGCAAGCCUUUGCUGCUCAAACGUUUCUAGAGGCGCAUAAUCAAGUGUACAACAAGCAGAUGAUGAAGAUGAUAAUAAUGAUGAUGAUAACGAGGAAUGCAUCAAGUAACAGCUCAACUGUUGCGAACGUUUUAUUUAGUUGAACUAUUUUUAAUUUAGCCAACUUUUGCACUGCUCCCCCACACUUUCCCCCUGGACCAGCACCAGAACCAGCACCACGAAAAUCAACACCACAUCUCCACAUAAAAUCAUGCAUGCCAGUUCCCCCCACUUUCUAAUUUAUUCAAAAACAAGUUGUCCCGUUUAGAACUCUCCCACUUGUUUUUUUAACUGCCAGCAAAUUGCUUAAAUCUAAUUUUCUAUUAGUUCAAAUAAGCAUCAACAUUUUCUACUGUUGUAUUUGAGUCCAGCAAGUUGUAAAAUAUUUAAUUUUAAGUCUAGAUUCUACGGACAAGCUCGAUGAAAUGCCAAUACGGACGAACGACAAACCCCAAAGGAUCCACAAAAUCCACAACCACAAGCAAUGACAACCCCGCCAUCUCCCACUUCCCCCCCAUAAGAGAAAUUGAGAUUAUAAAAGUAUAUAAUUUUUUUGAUUUUUUCUAUUUACAUUAACUACUCGUACCUAGGCUUAAGAUCCUCCCUCACCUUAUAGCCGUGCACCUUUCAAGCAUAUGUAAUGAGAGCACACCGAUCCCCGAUCCAGAGAUUUGCAGUUAUUUAAAGCUUUUCCUAUAUCGUAAAUCUCGAAAUCGUAAAUCGUAUAUAUAUAUAUAAAUGUAUAUGUAAUAUGUUAAACAUGUUGUAUAAAGUGUCUAUGCAUCUAAAAUUUAGCUUCUUAUUUAAUUUUUAAAUAAAGAGAAAUUAUUUAGAUUAUA